AUGACUUUAACGUCGCCUGCUCCAGAGCGCUCUCACUACUUAGAAAAACGUAAUAUUCUACUUACACACCGGGUCCCUACAUUCCCCCACUGUCCCAUACUGAAUAGCCUGAAGCCACAGAGCUCUUCUCCCACGCUGAAUAGCCUGAAGCCACAGAGCUCUUCUCCCACGCUGAAUAGCCUGAAGCCACAGAGCUCUUCUCCCACGCUGAAUAGCCUGAAGCCACAGAGCUCUUCUCCCACGCUGAAUAGCCUGAAGCCACAGAGCUCUUCUCCCACGCUGAAUAGCCUGAAGCCACAGAGCUCUUCUCCCACGCUGAAUAGCCUGAAGCCACAGAGCUCUUCUCCCACGCUGAAUAGCCUGAAGCCACAGAGCUCUUCUCCCACGCUGAAUAGCCUGAAGCCACACUCUACUCCCAUGCUGAAUAGCCUGAAGCCACAGAGCUCUUCUCCCACGCUGAAUAGCCUGAAGCCACAGAGCUCUUCUCCCACGCUGAAUAGCCUGAAGCCACAGAGCUCUUCUCCCACGCUGAAUAGCCUGAAGCCACAGAGCUCUUCUCCCACGCUGAAUAGCCUGAAGCCACAGAGCUCUUCUCCCACGCUGAAUAGCCUGAAGCCACAGAGCUCUUCUCCCACGCUGAAUAGCCUGAAGCCACAGAGCUCUUCUCCCACGCUGAAUAGCCUGAAGCCACGGUGCUCUUCUCCCACGCUGAAUAGCCUGAAGCCACAGAGCUCUUCUCCCACGCUGAAUAGCCUGAAGCCAUGGGGCUCUUCUCCCACGCUGAAUAGCCUGAAGCCACAGAGCUAUUCUCCCAUGCUGAAUAACCUGAAGCCACAGAGCUCUUCUCCCACGCUCUAUUUCCCUACCUGGGAGCGGUGUGAUCCAUAG